AUGGAACGUAAAACGCUACUUAUCAUCACAGCAUUUAUUUCGUUUAUUUCACUAUUACUUCUCUUGCUAGCAAAUUUGAGCGCUCCAAUUAUUUCAUCAAUUUAUAAAAUAAAACUAACAGAUUCUUCUACCGACCAAUAUGUGGAAAUAAUCGGAGUAUACGGUUAUUGUUAUACCAUCUCAUCUUAUUCACCUACAUAUUUAUAUCCAUAUCAAAUUACCGAAUGUGAUUCUUAUCAAGACGAUUUCAAAAAUGCACCGGAUUCAAGCUUGAAUAGUGUCUUGCAGUUUUUAAUGUCUGUGCAUGCUAUUGUGUUGACUAUUAUGAGUAUUACUUUUUGUUUUAAAAACAAUAAUAUAAGGCCCGCAAUAUGGAUUUCAGUAAUUGGUUUAGUUGUCAUUUUAGCGACAAUGAUAGGAGAUAUUGUCCUUUUUAGUAUUAUAGUUCGAAAGAAUCGAACGAGCCCAUUAAACUUAAACAUAACUUUAGGUCCUGCAUUCGCUUUUGUUGUUUUAUCUGUCGUAUGCACAUCAUUCUUAAUUUUUUUAUUCUGGAAAAUUAAUCGAAUACCUCAAGAAACUCAGUAUCUAAACAAUGAUGAAGGAGCUUAUAAUCCAUCCGAGGUUGUGGGCACCACUACAUCAUAUUCUUAUCCAUCCCAAGUUGCGAAUACUGUUACAGCUCCUUAG